CCUUAAAAGAGCAUAAUUUCAGAUAUUGCAGUCGUUGCUGAGAUAAUAAAUUUAGGUUUCUCAGUUGUACUUUGUCCUUUUUUUCUUUUUUACCAACAAAGUGAUGCACUUCGCCGUUUGGACCACUAGUUGGCACAUAAGCAAUUGUUGGCGGAAGUAAAACCUCUCACUUUGCUUAUAAACGAGCUCCAUCAGUACAAGGGGUCCAUUAUUGGGGAAAUCACGUGCUCAUCAGGGGUUUUAAUAUUAAGUCAUUGCACAGCGUUAGUGGGUCGUUAACCGCACCAUGAAGCCGCAGCUGUUUGGAACCAAAGAGCGACCGUGCGUAACAAACAAAACCAGCGCGGACGCUGCGCUGUCCUUUCAAGAGGAGCUUGUAGCUGCCAUACACGGAGCAUUUGAAGUGGCCGUGGAGAUCGCGGUUCGCGAGGUGAAAAAGCUUGUGGCAGGUCAGGUGACGAGCGACAUCUAUGAAGAGAUACGACGAGAAAACGAAUCCCUCAAACAAAAGCUGCAGAGAGCCGAAGCUAAGCUGGACUCUGCGCGCAGAGAGGAGAACUGUGGAAGCCCUCUUACUACAAAUCAGCUCUUCGGUGCCAUAAAAUACACCGAUCAACCGCCACACCCCAACUGCAGUCAAAUAAGCACAAGUGCUGUGGGCAGUGUGCUCAGCCGCACAGAGGUCAGAGGUGACACUACCCCUGCGGGUCACAGCGGAGCGCAUCAGCCUCGUGACACCCAGGAUCUACAUUUGAGAAGACCCGACGAGCGCAGAUCGCGCGAGGAAGAGAGAAUAAAUGACGCAGCUUCAGAUCCAGAAAAUGAGCCGAACGAUGGAUGCACUAGAGAGGUAACUGAAGAGAUUUCUCGCGUUUGUAUGGUGAAGAUCGAACGUAUGAACCCAGUAUGUCCAAACCAAGCAGCUCAAGAUGGCAUCUCACCACCACUUCCCAGCGUUCUUGGCAAAUCCACUCGAGAGCUGGUUACUCGGGUUACUGUAAAGCAGGAGAAGCCAGAAGAGGAAACACAUGGUUCCUCUUGCUGUUUGGAUUCCUUUAAAGUGGAGGAUUUUAGCCUGGAGAGUAUAUCUGGAGUCCAGUCCAAAAUGUUGGAGGAGUGGAAACCAGAAGUGCAGGAUAUUCAGAGCCAAGAUUCAAACUCUCAGCUGUCCAGCGAUGGGCUCGAUCAGGCAGCUCAUCCUUCAAACCCAGCCUCCACCCUUCAACCGCCCACAGAUCUUCCAUCCCUCCCUGCAGAGUUCUCCAGUAUCUUCCAGCUGUCCGAACCAGCUCCUGUGUCAGAGGCCGUUCCACAGGUUUACCCAGUCAAUGUUCGAACCAGUCAUAAACUCAACCACCCCAUAGCUACCCUGUAUGCCUGUAAGUCCUGUGGUCAGACUUUCCAUCUGCCCAGCUUGUUGCGCCGACACACUGGCCAGUGCCAGCUAAGGUUCCAGCAACGCUGUCAGCAACCUGUGGCAGGAAGCAAGAGGGCCAGAUUGCAGCUUUACCCACCGGGUUGCAGCCCCUUCCGCUGCACAGUGUGCAACCGAGAGUUCAAUCGCAUGGAGAAUCUCAAGACCCACCUUCGAAUCCACACAGGAGAGAGGCCAUAUACCUGCUCAGUCUGCUCAAAGUGUUUCCGUCAUUCUGGUGCUUUAACCAGGCACUUCCGCAUCCACACUGGAGAGAAGCCUUACAUCUGUGGACAGUGUGGAAAGUCUUUUAGAAACUGUGGUGGGCUCAAAUUCCACCAGCGCUCUCAUAGCAAGCAGCUACAGUAGUGUGGUUCUUGAGAUUGGAAUUUUGUUAUGCAAUAUGCAUAAAAGUUGAUUUUAUGCAAGGCUUAAUAUGUUUAAAUUUUAUUUUUAUGUUAGCAGCCACCUAUCAGUCCUGCCUCUGCUGAGUAAAAUGUCAAAGAAGGACGUUUAAUAUUUUCCCAUGCACACGUGAUAUACAGGCACAGCACGCUCAGAAGAGUCAUGUCUAAAAACAAGCAACAUUCACAAUACAGGACGCAAAUAUUUACGUUUCUGAGGUGCGCCAUGCUCAGUGGCCAUAAUCAGUCCCUACUGUAUAUUGAUAUAACCCGAAAUGACUCACCAGUAUGAGGUCUCUCUGUGCAAUCCACUUUUUUUUUUUUUUUUUUUUUGACCAGGUCUUCCCUUUGAGACUGUGUUGUUUCAAAAGAAAUCUUACAAAGCAGUAUCUCAAGUUAUAGAUACUGCAACGAGCAUCUUAGGUCACCUGUCAAAAACUAAAACUAUCUAACUCUCAGACAAAUUUAAAUACUUUUAUGAUUACAUGGUGAAAAGAAAAUAAGCUCCAGGAACUGUAGCUCAGUGAUCACUGAGGUCAACAUUUAGAUGCAUACGGUAUAUGUCAGGUCAGUAGUAAGUGCUGAAAACUAAAUGUGUGUGGAGCCUUUCAGUGUAAUUCCAAGUGCCAUUUUAAUUAUGUUCGUGGUAUUGAAGAAACUACUGGUUGAGCCAGUAUGUGUUUAUGCCAAUCCCGUUUAUAUAAUUGUCUGUGACUCACAUAUGUACUACUCUAUGCCUCUUAUUUCGACUACACUAUGUAAAAUAAUGUAUUUGGACUAAUAAAAGUAGUAUUUAAAAGUA